GCUUUAAUUAUUGGUCCUUCUGGAACGCCUUACUCUAACGGUUGCUUCAUCUUCGACAUCUUCAUUGAUGCAGAAUACCCAGAAAAACCACCCAUUUUCCAUUUAUGCACCACCGGUGGUCAUUCUGUUCGAUUCAACCCUAAUCUCUACAACGAAGGCAAAGUAUGCUUAUCGGUGCUCAAUACAUGGCACGGCCGACCAGAAGAGCAAUGGAAUCCCAAGACUUCCAACUUGCUUCAACAGAUGGGCAAUUCAUAAAUAUGAACACCAAGAUAUUGUGGCCUCUGUUUUGGUCGCAGUCUUUUUUCGCUAUAUAGAAGUGGUUUACUUUCGUUUUCGCAAAUUGCUCGUAUUGUCAGGCCGACCUAGUAGGACAUCUUGUCCAAAGUCUUCUGCUAUAGUAGUUAUGAUAAUUUCCAGCGUCGAGCCAUGGACGUGA